AGCAGUGUAUUUACCUCACCAUGGCGUUAUAAGAGAAGAUAAGGAUACAACAAAACUUCGAGUAGUCUUUGAUGCUUCGUGUUAUGGUACUAACCAUGUUUCUUUGAACGACAAUAUGCUUGUGGGUCCUAAGCUGCAGCAGGAUUUACGUCACAUACUGAUGAGAUGGAGGACACAUAGAAUCUGUAUCACGGCAGAUAUUAUAAAAAUGUAUAGAAUGGUGCGAGUAGCAGAUGAAGAUACAGAUUAUCAAAGGUUAUUAUGGAGACCAACGACGAGUGAGCAAGUUAAACAUUAUAAACUAGUGAGAUUGACUUUUGGUACCGCAAGCGCACCGUAUCUUGCUGUGAAAACAUUACAGAGAUUGGCAGAUGAUGAGAAAACAAAAUUUCCAGCUGCAAGUAAAAUAACAAAAACUGAUUUUUAUAUGGACGAUUUAUCGACAGGAAGCGAGACGGAAGAUGAAGCUAUUAGUAUUUACAAGGACAUGAACAAACUACUGAACUUGGGAGGCUUCGAGUUACAAAAGUGGAGCAGUAAUAAUGAAAACGUACUCAAAUAUAUGGGUAUAAAUAAAAGAGAUGAUCAUGAGCUACCCCUUAAAGUGAAUAGUUUAGUUAAAGUCCUAGGAGUUAAUUGGAAUCGAGAGACAGUGUAUUCCCUCAACUUACCAGAAACAAAGGAGCCGAUUACUAAACGACGUGUUCUUUCUGAUGUUGCUAAAUUAUAUGAUCCUCUGGGCUGGAUAGCUCCUGUUGUUGUCAUAGCAAAAUUUAUGAUACAGAAGUUAUGGAAAAUGGGACUAGGAUGGGACGACACCAUAAGCGAAGAGCUGAUGUCAGAAUGGCUCCAGUUCAGAGAUAAUCUAGCUCACAUAGAAAGAAAGAAAGAAAGAAAAUAACUUUUAUUACGUGC